AUGGCGGCCAGGGACAUUUCCUCGAGAAAAUCACGCGAGACUUGCAUCACGGCGGCUGUCCCCGAGUCAACCUGGGGGUGUGGAGCAGCCAAGAUGGAGCCGGCAGCCGGCGGUCCGGGCCCACUGAUCGUGAACAACAAGCAGCCCCAGCCUCCGCCACCUCCGCCGCCGAUCAAGAAGCUGUACAAAGUGCCCGACUUCCCCUCGAAACGCCUGCCUAACUGGAGGACCAGAGGGUUGGAACAGCGCCGGCAGGGCUUGGAGGCCUACAUCCAGGGCAUCCUGUACCUGAACCAGGAGGUGCCCAAGGAGUUACUGGAAUUCCUGAGACUUCGGCACUUCCCCACAGAUCCCAAGGCUAGCAACUGGGGCGCCCUGGGGGAGUUCCUGCCUGGCGAGAGCAGCUCCCAGCAGCACCAGCGGCCUGUCCUGAGCUUCCAUAUGGAUCCCUAUGUUUGCACCCCCUCCCCAGAGCUGUUGCCCAACGUGGUGGUGAAUGGUGUGCUCCAGGGCCUCUACAGCUUCAGCAUCAGCCCAGAUAAAGCCCAGCCAAAGGCGGCCUGUCACCCUGCUCCUCUGCCACCGAUGCCCUGAUCAGUCCAGAGGCCUUUGGCUGCCUCCUAAGAAAGUCAUGUGCCUCUGUCCUAUGAACUCCAUAUAAGACUAGGUCCUCCCUUGGCCUGGACCCAGGAUUUAACUACCCAGUGUCCAGUUGUGCUACAUUCCCACUCAAGGCUCAGAACUUGGCUUGCAUUGGUAGCUGGAGGUAGUAGAAUCUGCAUGCUCUUAGAGCCCAAGAACCAAGGCAGGGUCAAGAAGAUAAGUAAUAAAGGAAGAAGUCAG